CUCGGCUGUUGGUGAACCAAUGACUGAAAACGAGGCGAUUACCCCGCUGAGAGAUCCUGAGGUCAUGGAGCCAUGCGGGUCCCUGCUGGAAGUGGCGAAAGACCUUUCCACAUUUCAGGAAGUAGAAGGCAUCUGUGAGCUUGAGAGCAGGCCAGAGGGGCCGCCGGCGAUCCUUCCGGGGCUGGAUGAAGGCAGCUCCCUUGAGGGAACUUCCUACAUCUGCUCCGAUUGUGGGAAAAGUUUCAGCAGCAUCUCCAGCCUCAUCAGCCAUCAAAAGCGAAACCACUCGGGGGAAAAACCGUACAAGUGCUCCGACUGCGGGCGGAGCUUUCACCAGAGCUCGGAUCUCGUCAAGCACGAGAGGAUCCACACGGGGGAGAAGCCGUACAAGUGCUCCGUGUGCGAGAAGCGCUUCAACCAGCGCUCCUACCUGAUUGUGCACGAAAGGUUCCACACGGCAGAGAAACCGUACAAAUGCUACUUGUGUGGGAAGAGCUUCUGCUCCAACUCGCAUCUCAUGACCCACCAAAGAACGCACACCGGAGAGAGGCCAUACCAGUGCCCCGACUGUGGCAAAAGAUUUACGACCAGCUCGAACUUUGUCAACCAUAAGAAAACGCACACUGAAGACAAACCGUACAACUGCUCGGUGUGCGAGAAAAGCUUCAAGCGGAGCUCGAACUUGAUUCAGCACGAAAGAACCCACACGGGCGAGAAGCCCUACAUGUGCCUGACCUGUGGGGAAAGCUUUGCUUCCAACUCGGGCCUCGUGAAGCACCAGCGAAGCCAUACAGGAGAGAGGCCGUAUAAAUGCUCCUACUGCGGGAAAAGCUUCAGCCAGAGCGUGAUUCUCACGCAACACGAGAGGACCCACACGGGCGAGAAACCCUGCAAGUGCCCGGCCUGCGGGAAAAGCUUCCGUUCCAGUUCAGACCUCAUCAAGCACAAACGGAUCCACACGGGCGAGAAGCCCUACAAGUGCUCACUGUGCGGGAAAAGCUUCACAACCAGCUCGGAUGUGGUGAAGCAUGAGAGGACUCACACGGGCGAGAAGCCCUACAAGUGCGGCACCUGUGGGAAGAGCUUCAGCCAGAGCGCACACCUCAUGCAGCACCAGCGGAUCCACACAGGAGAGAAGCCGUACACCUGCCUCACCUGCGGACGAUGCUUUACAUGCAGCGCACACCUUGUGGUCCAUAAAAGGACCCACAAAACGGAGGAGGCCUUAAAAGCGUAACUGUUCUGGCUCUGUGCGUGUGUGUAGUAGAAACUUGACUGUCUGGCCUGAUGUAAUUCAGUGGCAGAUUCAACGCAAACCUUAAAAAUGUUCUAUGCAGCAGGCAAACCAGACUUUUGUAAAAGUUGACUAGGACCUAUUUUAGAGGGGAAUGAAAGAAAAAGAAAUCCUAAGCUUCAUUCCUGUACACUCUCUUCCAUGAGUGAGUCCCACUGGAUUCAGUGGAACUUCCUGCUGAGCAGGGGUGUAUGGAAGUUGUCAGAUCUGUGAUGUGUGGAGCAUCUGUUUUGGGGGUGGGACCUGUUGGAUUCCCUCGGCUUGGCUCCCUAGAUUCUGCCCCACUUUCUCUUUGCCCAAAGUCUGCUUUGGGCUGAGCGUUUGCUCAGGAAAGAAAGGAAUCCAAGCAAAUCUAGUUUGCAAACACACCACCUACUCGUCCGCUAUGCGAGCAAAAUUCUGCUUCCACAUACGUGAUUUGUGGGCUCCAUGUACCUUGCACAAAGAACAUCGGACUUUGUGCAAAGAAUUACAUACUUUGCAAACUUUGCACAAGGAAUUACAUACUUUAUAGAUUUUGUGCAAAGAAGCCGCUAGCAUUCCCCAGUGUUUGCAGACUUGAUCGCAUGGGAAAGAAGUCAGAGACAAAUUCCGGCCUGAUCUUUACAUCCCUAUUCAGGAAAUUUUGUUCCCUCAUUUGUUCACUAACCGAAUUGGAUUUUAUGUACAGGAAUUGUGUUCAUUUGCUGAUGUGCAGCUGUGUUUAUCCCACCCCCAAAAGAACUAAGAAACAAACAUUCACAGAAUCUACUUGGGAAAAGCCGAUCCACUGUGGAAUCUGCUGGUUGGAUUCGUAGAAAUAGAAGCUAAUUUGAAUCUGUUGCAGAUUUUUCUGGGAUCCUUACUUCUCACUAGACGCACUUAGGAUCGUACUGUUAGUAACUGAUGUGUUCUUAUGAUCUGUGGAAAAAGAAAAAGCCCAACUAGGAGAGAAGCCAUACUAUUUUCGAACCACUAGAACAAUACUGAUAGUUCCCUGUACUGAGCAACAUGAGUGGUAAACCUAAUUUAAACUGAAGGUUUUCUAUCAUAUUAGUGGCACAUAAAACUGACACAGAAGUUGUCCAAAGGCACUUCCUGAUACUUUUGGAGAGAAACAGCUUGGGAGUAAAAUUGCAGGAGGAAACUACUAUGAAAUUGCAAUUGUCAGUACAAAAGUAAAUGACGUUUUCGCGCAUUAUAAUAUGUAUUUCCCUUGUAAUAAAGAUGGGUGUCUGUG